AUGUCGAAAAAGUCGUUCCGGCCGUCCUUGCCCACCAUCAAAAGUUCGUACUACGGUAACGCCGACCACGUGAACUUCAAAGAACGAAUUGAAGACUAUCUCGCUCCCAAUAGUCGGAAUCUACCCAUGUAUAAAGACAAACCGAACCACAUACCCGGCAGACAGAAAGGAAAUUAUGGCAAUAAAAUAGGAGCAGUGAUAUUGCUCUUGGUGGGCGUGCUAUGGCUCACAGGUAUCGUGCGCAUACCUGGUGAAUCUACCUCGACCCACUGGGCAUCAGGACCUCAUAGGUGGAAGACGCGUAAAGAGGCAGUCAGAGAAGCCUUCAUUCAAUCGUGGGAUUACUAUGCCGAGCACGCAUGGGGCAUGGACACCUUUCAUCCUGUGUCUCAGACAAGCAAGAACAUGGGAUGCGCGCCCGGAGACAAGACAAGUGUCUGUUCACCGACUGGUUGGAUAAUAGUGGACGCGCUGGAUACUGCCAUGGUAAUGAAUUUGACCUCGAGGGUGGCUAAAGCAAGAGAGUGGAUAUCUACCAGUCUGGAUUUUGGCAAGGUGGAAAGUGAGAUGAACACCUUUGAGACAACCAUACGUGUGUUGGGCGGUCUGCUGAGCGCACAUUAUUUGAGUACGACCUUUCCCAGUCUCGCACCCUUGAGCGAGGAUGACGUGGGCGAAAAGGGUGAAGACUUAUACAUUGAGAAGGCUGUGGAUCUGUCUGAACGACUUCUCGGUGCCUUCGAUACGCCGACUGGCAUCCCUUACUCGUCGUGUAUUCUCAAUACCUCGAUAGGCGUGCGUAGUCGUGGUGAUGGUGGAGCGGCUUCGACUGCUGAAGCCACCACCUUGCAGUUGGAGCUAAAAUAUCUGUCCAAAUUGACAGGCGAGCCGUUAUAUUGGGAAAAGGCUGAACAGGUCAUGGCAGCGAUUGACGCUCCACGAAGAGAAGGAAAUCUGUUGCCAAUUUUUGUGGAUCCUGAAAGUGGUAAUUUUCGUGGCAGCAAUAUUCGACUCGGUAGUCGUGGUGAUUCUUACUACGAGUACCUAAUCAAACAAUAUCUGCAGACUGGGUCGCGUGAAACGAUCUACCUCGACAUGUGGGACGAGUUUCUGGAAGGGCUGAAGAAAUACCUGAUAACUUGGUCGGAACAUGCUAAUCUCACUGUCCUGGUUGAGCGACAAUCAGGUCUGCACCAUGAAAUAACUGCUAAGAUGGACCAUCUAGUUUGCUUUCUCCCAGGAACAAUAGUAUUAGGGUUGACAAAUGGUAAGACCGUUGAACAGGCGAAGGCAGAAAUGGGGAGUACCUGGGGAAAGAAACAAGAGGAGGACCUCGUGCUUGCUGAGGAAUUGAUGAAAACAUGCUGGGGUAUGAAUCUGGUAACACCAACUGGUUUGGCACCAGAGAUUGCAUAUUUUCGUAUUGGUAAGCCUGCACCGACGUGGAACUUUACGGAUCCUGAGUGGACGAUGCCACGUUCACUGCCGUUUGAAGACACACAAUCUUGGCGCGAGGACUAUGACAUUCACUCAAACGAUGUGCACAAUCUGCAGAGACCCGAGACGGUCGAAUCGUUGUUCUAUAUGUGGCGUUUGACAGGCGACAUAAAGUACCGAGAAUGGGGUUGGAAAAUAUUUGAAUCCUUCAUGAAGCACACUGCAGUCUACGAUGAGGAUGGAAUGGUUGUGGGCUACACGAGCAUAGGCAGCAUAAAAGUUUUGCAUGACAAAGCGGCGUCUGGGUUUGGCGGAAAAACGAAUAGACUCAUGAUUGGACAACGUGUGCCACGAGAUAAUAUGGAGGGUUUUUGGUUAUCAGAGACAUUGAAAUAUCUAUUUCUGCUGUUUGAGGAUGACAUCUCUCCUUGGAACGAUCUGGAAAAUAUUGUAUUCAAUACGGAGGCGCACAUCUUUCCCCGAUUUGAUAUUGGCACUGAAGGAAAAGUUUGGAAGACAGGAUGGGAGAGGAAGGAAAGAGUAGUAUUGGAAGAGCAGAAGCUGCCAUGA